CUUCCAGGUUGGGUCGGACCUGAACCCCUAAAAGCGGAACCGCCUCCCGCCCUCGCGCCAGCCGCCCGCCCGGAGCUGAGUCGCCGGCGGCGGUGGCGGCGGACGGACCGGGGAGUUUCCUCUCGCCCUGGAUGGAGCUGAACUUUGGGCGGCCAGAACAGCGCGGCCGUCCGGGGAUCGCUGCAUGCUGAGCUCCCUUGGCGAGACCGAGCGGCAGGCCCGGAUUUUCGGGGGGGCGGGGACCAGCUGCGCGUCGGCACCAUGUUCCUGGCGACCCUGUACUUCGUACUGCCGCUUCUGGACGUGCUCCUGUCGGCCGAGGUCAGCGGCGGGGACCGCCUGGACUGCGUGAAAGCCAGCGAUCAGUGCCUGAAGGAGCAGAGCUGCAGCACCAAAUACCGCACGCUCCGGCAGUGCGUGGCGGGCAAGGAGACCAACUUCAGCUUGACCUCGGGCCUCGAGGCCAAGGACGAGUGCCGCAGUGCCAUGGAGGCCCUCAAACAGAAAUCGCUCUACAACUGCCGCUGCAAGCGGGGCAUGAAGAAGGAGAAGAACUGCCUGCGCAUCUACUGGAGCAUGUAUCAAAGCCUGCAGGGAAAUGAUCUGCUUGAAGAUUCCCCAUAUGAGCCAGUGAACAGCAGAUUGUCUGAUAUAUUCCGGGUGGUCCCAUUCAUACCAGUGGAGCACAUCUCGAAAGGGAACAACUGCCUGGACGCCGCCAAGGCCUGCAACCUGGACGACACCUGCAAGAAGUACAGGUCAGCCUACAUCACCCCCUGCACCACCAGCAUGUCCAACGACGUCUGCAACCGGCGCAAGUGCCACAAGGCCCUCCGGCAGUUCUUCGACAAGGUCCCUGCCAAGCACAGCUAUGGGAUGCUCUUCUGUUCCUGCCGGGACAUCGCCUGCACAGAGCGGAGGCGGCAGACCAUCGUGCCCGUGUGCUCCUACGAGGAGAGGGAGAAACCCAACUGCCUGAACUUGCAGGACUCCUGCAAGACCAAUUACAUCUGCAGAUCGCGCCUGGCCGAUUUUUUCACCAACUGCCAGCCAGAGUCAAGGUCUGCGAGCAGUUGUCUAAAGGAAAAUUACGCUGACUGCCUCCUCGCCUACUCGGGGCUUAUUGGUACAGUCAUGACCCCCAACUACAUAGACUCCAGUAGCCUCAGCGUGGCCCCCUGGUGUGACUGCAACAACAGCGGAAACGACCUGGAGGAAUGCUUGAAAUUUCUGAAUUUCUUCAAGGACAACACAUGUCUUAAAAAUGCAAUUCAAGCCUUUGGCAAUGGCUCGGAUGUGACUGUGUGGCAGCCAGCCCUCCCAGUUCAGACCACCACUGCCACCACCACCACAGCCUUCCGGGUCAAGAACAAGCCCCUGGGGCCAGCAGGCUCUGAGAAUGAAAUCCCCACUCAUGUUUUACCACCUUGUGCAAACUUACAGGCACAGAAGCUGAAAUCCAACAUAUCAGGCAGUACCCACCUCUGUCUUUCUGAUCGUGAUUAUGAAAAGGAUGGUCUCGCUGGGGCUUCCAGCCACAUAACCACAAAAUCAAUGGCUGCUGCUCCAAGCUGCGGUCUGAGCGCACUGCUGGCCCUGGUGGUAACUGCCCUGUCCACCCUGUUGUCUUUAUCUUUGGCCGAAGCAUCGUAGCUGCGUUUACAGAAUCACAUGGACCUGUAAAAAGACAAAAACCAAGUUAUCUGUUUCCUGUCCUCUUGUAUAUCCGAAAUUCCAGUUUUAGGAGCUCAGUUGAGACACUGCUAAACCAGUUUCAUCCUACUGGAACUUUUUUCUUUCUUUCUUUUUUUUUUUUUUUUCCUAAGAAAGCUUCUUAUGAUCCUUAAGGCUUAUAUGGGAUCCCCAGAUACAGUGCUACAUUCUACACUCAGAAGGCUUUGGGGCACGUUGGAUUGUAAAGGGAUGGUUUAUUGUUGAUGUGGCUAUAAAGCAGACUGCAGCCUUGGUUUUCAAGAUCCUGAUAAGGAUGAUGAUUUUUAACAGUUUCACUCUGGUCUUGACUAGCUAGAGAAGGAGUCAGUAUUCCUAAAGAAUCUUCUAUAUCUCCUGGAGUAGGUUUGCCUUUUGAUGACAUGACCAUACCACGGCAGUGGUACGUGGAGGCCAAACUUUUUUUGUCACAAAGCGAAGAUUCUCAUCAAGACAAUCUUGAUGGACUUUGUACAAACAAGCUUGUACCAGUGUUCUUUCUAUAUGUAUUAGCGUUUUCCACGCUGAUGUUUAUGUACAGUAAACAGCUCUGCACUCUCUUACGAAAACAAAAAAACACCUGCUACAUCCAGUGUAGUGUCUGUCUCCUAGUCAAAAUAGAGAAUGAGAGUGGGUGUGAGACUUCACAGAACCUUGAGCAUUGAGACAGUCUCCGAAGCCUUACUUGAGUGAGAAGCCCUUACACUAACAAGAGUCAAAUAUAGCUGAAGCAUCAUGCUAAUAAUCUUUACAUGUAUGAGGUUAUAUGUAGAAAAAAAUUUUACUACUAAAUGAUUUCAACUAUUGACUUUCUAUAUUUUGAAUGUAAUGAUAUUGUCUUCAUUUUUUUUUUACCGGUGGUUUAAUACAAAAUACAUGGAGCUUGUUGUCCUUACAUAAGUAGCAUUAGCUCCGAUGUUGACUUCUCGAAGACAGGUCUUCAACAGCAGACUCUGAGGAGCCUCAUGCUUUAGCAGAAAGCUCUGCAUCACGUUACUGUGGAUAGGCAGCAGGAAACAGAGCAGCCAAGCAUUGUCUUUUAUCAUUUCUGGAAACACAAGCGUGCAUACCUGUGGGAAAACUGGUGGCCACUCGUCAGUGUUCUGCAAACUCUACAAAUGGCACCAUUGCCAGUUGACACAAACCAGGACCUUGGUUUUCAUGUUACCUGACAAUGGCAGCUUUGACUGGAACGGGAGACAGGACAUGCUGCCCUGUCUUCGGAAGCAGAUCCAUGCCCAGGAUACACAGCUCUUUUCCUAAGGAUUGUCUUGACUUUCAACUGUGAUGGCUUGGCCGCUCUGUGGAUCGGUUUGGUCUGAAGUCAUCAGAUAUCUGCUUGCACUGUGUUCUGUGUCCUCCGUGAUAGACUGUGACUGACUCUGUAAAAAAGAAAAAAUGUUUGGGGGAUCAAGAGGGUCACGGUCACCAUUAGGUCCAUGGAGAUAAGCUGGCCCAGAGACACAGAACAGGGACUCUGGAUAUAAGGCAUCUGACUUGUUAACUGCACGUCUCUUCCAUCAUUCUCUUCCUUCAGUGAAUAGCCCCGAAAGUGCACUUCUGAAGUCUGGUUGAAAUGGUGAGGUUUGAAAUCUACAAGGAUCGAGUGCUAGUAGCCAUGUUUCUUUGCAGCUGAACAGAGGCGAGGAAAUUCCACCCAAUAGAGUGUCUGAAGCGUUGGCUUUCUUCCGACAUCAGUAGAGUGGAUGGAGGAGGAAACCCACAGUGCUCAUUUCAUCCUGAUUCCCUUUGCCGACGGAUGAUUCCCUUUGCCUUGUAAGAAUUAAUCCAAUUACUAGGGUGGGAAAUCUGUUAAACCCAAGAUGAAGGCAUAGUCUUUUAGCUCUGUUGGUGUUUGAAGUACAUUUAUAUCCAAAUGUUAAUAAACAUAAAUGUAUAAUACUAAGUACCGAGUUUUUUCACUUCAAAAUGUUUUCAAGGGAAAUUCAUCAAACAAAUUCGACUAGUGAAAGGUUUCAUAAAGACUCGUACUUUGAAUAAACACAUUAAAUGUGUUGAAAUACUUGGAAUUCCAGUCAUCUGUGAAAACAUAUCUCUUCAAAGCAUAUUUUGUUUUAAUUAAAGUAUCUGUGUAUCUACAUUGGACUAAUUGCAUAGAGGUCAGAUUCUAUGUAAUCUACUGUAGAAAACUAUUGAUUACUUCUGUAAUAAACAGCGUCUCUAAUUAGCUUCAGAUGACCAAAGAGGAAAUGGAAGUUACCAGAGCUAACAAGGGUAGCCUUCAGUGAAGAAUGCGUGGAUGUGCAACACAUAAAUUAAAUUGUAAACAGCCUCAUGUUUCACCAACAUAGAUCGCAUUUUUCUUCAGAGAUAGAAGCACAUGAGAGUUACCAAAUCGUCAGUCUGAAAAUAAAUUACUGACAAAAUAAACAGGGGGAAGGAUGUUCCACGACAACUCAUUAGAGAGAUUCUUAUAAAAUCAUGCCAGGACUUUCUCAGUGGUCCAAUCGUUAGGACUCUACAUUUCCUUUGCAUAGAGUGUGGGUUUGAUCCCUGGUCAGGGAACUAAGAUCCUACUUGCUUCUCAGUCGACCAAAACAAGAAAAAUCUUGCCAAGCAAGUGUUUAUACCAUCUGGGGUGAUCUCAGUUUAACAUGGUGACCUAGAAACAUGAUCAUUUGCCCCAGUACUGGAACAGGCCAAACCUUUUAUCUUCUCUGGCUUCCUCUGGCAGCACUGAAAGCAAAAAAUGAUUCACUACUUCCUGUCCUUCAUUGCCCUGCAUUGAAGGUGCCACCAAAAUCCAAGAACUGUUUGCUGAGGUUUGGGCCUGUUGCAGAAAGCAUCUCAUAGUUGAUUUUGGCAAAACAUAAAAUAGUAACUUAAGUGCAUGGAGACCAAUGGCCCCCAAAUCAAGUCUAGCCGUGCCCCACUCGUUUCAGAGAGGAAAAAAAAAAGCAAGAUUGCAAAACCAGUUAGAAGCACAUACAGUCCACUUGAGAAUGUUGAGUAUCUUUGACCAAGAGGUGUUGGAGGUGUUGGAGCGUUUAAAAUAGAGCACAUGAAGGAAGAAGGGCACAAUAAAGAGAGGAAAUUCAGAAUGCCACCCGAAUAUUUAUUUUUCCAUAUUUGAUUUUUUCCAAGGCUCUAGUAGAAAAAGCGUAAGUUGAGAAUGACACAGAUUAUUUUUCAUUAAGUAUAGCAAACUGUAUCCAAAGUGUGAUAGGAAUGUGGUUUCCAUUUAGGGAAAAAAAAAAUUUUUUUUUUUUUUUAAAUUCUUAAUCCUAUAGUAAGAAAUGUUUUAGAAGCUGUGUCUUCAAGCUCAUCAAAUAUAGGCCACAGCUCCUCAAGAGCUGCUGUGGCCUUUGAUCUGGUCUAUAUUAAGAUUGUUCCUAUCCUGCACAUGCUCCAAGGAUGGGUUGUCUCCAGCUGUAUCCCCAUCCCCCACCUGCCCCUUUGUAGUCUAAAUCAGACACUCCCAAACACUCCAUCUGCUGAGCUAGGGAAGUGGGGGAGCGGAAGCAUUUCUGAAUCAGUGUUAAGUGCUUGGGAAAAGAGAUGUAAGAGCAGUGGGAGUUUAUAUAAUUAGCAAAUUCUUUUCUUAGAAUCCAGCUAACAUGUAUUUCUGUUGUUAUUAUUUACAAAAUAGUGGCCUCCAAGGAGCUGUCUUUUGGAAAAUAAGUAUUUAAGUCAAUAAACUGUGGGGCCAGAAAAUGCCUGUUUAAAUGAAAGCACAGUUUCUCAUUCUCUUUCAAACUGUUCUUGAUCUCUUGGAUUCAUACAGCCCUGAUCUUUAUUGCUUCUGCUCUUUGAUUAAACAAAUAAGACCAUGUCAGACCCACCGUUUCAAAAAACCCCAAAGCAAUGACAACACACAAGAGUGAAUUAUCAACGGCCCAAACAUGAUGUUGGCCAAAGGGCCUGAGCUUGGAGAGUUUGAAGAGAUGGAGCAAAGAUCAAGGUGCCACAAGAGACCACGUGCUAUGGCUGAAUGAUGUGUGCUAUCUGAUCCAAAUAGGAAACUUGUCCCAACCAAACAGCCAGAGUUCCCUGAAUUAGAUACCAGUCCCUUUGCAAAAAGCAAGCCAGAGCUAAUAUCUCAAGGACAGAGGAAGAAAUUCCUUUUGCGAAAUUCUGAAACAGCUGGGAAUUUUAUUAGACACCCUUACCAGCUAUGUUUCUCUCUCCUCCCUAAGAUAAGCAUCUAGUGUGUUUAUCUGAUACUUCUUGACUUUGACACAGCUUUUAUUCUCAAGUAACCAUUUGUUUGAAGUCUGUUGUCUAGGAUUUUCAAGACGACUAUACCUCUGAACUUCAUUCUCAUUGCAGAGGCCUUAAAUCUGUGGAUUUGGCCACUGCCUCCAUCCUGGGAUGUAUUCAGUGAGGCAGCUCAUUGCCCAAGGGUUGUUAACUUAAGAUACCAGCUGAUUCCCUUUUUUUGCAUUCUGAUUAUUGAUAACCCCAGUCCCCGCCCUUGUUACUUAUUGCCCAAGUAAUUAACAGAGUCCCUUCCCAUCAGUUCUUCAUUGUAAUCAUUCUAAAUUUAGUCCUACCCAAAUUAAUUCCUGUUCAGUCAGAUGCUGGUUUGACACGUAACCCUGGCUUUUUGAAGCCGGAGAAGUCUCUCUGAGGAGCCGGGCGAUUUGAAGAUGAUGCUAAUCCCUGAGUAGAAAGUUCAUCCAGCCAGCCCUCUCCCGAGCUCCCUCUUCUGAACUCCUAUUGUCUUGUCUGCUGCAUCCCUUGGUUGCUCCCAGAGCUCUUUGUCGAGCUUCUCCUCCCUCCCGGAGAUAGCCCGGGUCGUUCAGCGGGCUGCACCACCUGCACUUCUGAUUGCUCUGAGACCCAGCCCGGAGGGGUGGGGAAAGCACGCAAGCCCUGUUUCAAUAAACUGCCUGCAGAGAAGUCAGCCUGCUCGCAGCCCUGGCGCUCCCAGCCCCCUGAGGGCUCCGGGCUCAUUUGACCAGCACAGCUGCGACUUCGGGAUCUGCUGCUGGCAGGUGCCUGCUUCAGCAUCUUGUCCCACUGCCACCGGGAGUUUAUUUUUGCUCAAGGGCAGCUGCCAGACCCAGCACCAGCAUCAAUAGAAGGUUUUCUCCGAUUUUCUUCUCUUCAUCCCAGGCCCGGCUUUCUUACCCAUCCCCGUUUUUUGUUUUGCAGAAAAUGCCAAGGGAUUGGCCAGAGACCAUCACCUCCUUCUUUCUAACGUUUUUUUCUGCUCACCUUAGCAGCUUCCCUAGCAGAAACGAUGACCCAUAGCAGGAAGUUAAACACUGCUGGGUGAAUGAAAAACUUUAGGACGUCAAAGGGUUUCCUCUGUAAUAUAGUAGUCAGGACUGGCCCAUUUAACAUCCUCUUGCAGCCAUGAAGAUGCUGCAAGGUAUCCUCCUGAAGCUAUUGAGGGUGACCUGGGAGAAAGGGUGAAAAAAAAGCAUUAAAAUCAAAGUGACUUUCAAUCUGUCUGCUUCAUUUUCUGCCGAGAGAUGAAAACCUAGCACUUGUCUCCAGGAAGAGCUGAGCGUGAUGGGCCAACGUCUCCAGAAAGGACAGGACUCCACAUGGGGUCGACUUCGUGGGAAAUUAGCCAGUGAGUCUGCUGAUAUUUUAACCCUGCUUUAAGUGCAGGAUGCUGGCAAGAAAGAUGGACCAUUCCACCAGUCUUGACCCACCCCAGGGAUGCAGCCUCUGCCAGCAUCCUGAGAAGCAAACUCAGGUGCUGAACAAUUCAGCAUGUGUGUGGAACAUCUACUGUGCUUGAAUGAACCAUCAGUUGGAGCCAAAGCUGUGUAAGUUGAGAGCAUAAGGCCCUGUGACUGCAGCUUAAGGGAAUAACCAUCAUUUCCAGAUUGGCAUAACCUUUCACUCUGCUAUCUUUUGGAGACUCUAAAUUGUCUUUGUAGGUAGUCCAUAAAGCUGUUUUUCAGACUCAGUCUGUAAGAGUUAAGUCCCCUUCCACAUGCCUACAACCUGCCCACCCCACCCAUCAUUAAUAAUGCAGAUAUAUCCACUCUGAGCCUGCACCCAAAAGGCCACAUGGAAAAUCCAACGGGGUCACCCCUCUGAGCCUCCAGGGGCUGUGAGCAUGGCCAAGUCCACAGGCCAGUGGAAGUCCCAGCUGCCAGGCAUCAACCAUGGUGCUGGUGGGAAAGGGAGACCCCAGAGCUGUCCGCCAAGCACGGAUCUUAGAACUAGCCAAGAGUAGAAUGAGAAAUCGGAACACCCAGUGGAUGCCCCGGGUGUAAGGCUGUUAGAAGUCAGUAAGGGCCUACCACAUGUCACCAGCCUGGCAGGAUAUCUGCAUGGGUCCAGGUGAAGGUACUCUGGGCUCUCUGAGCCAGCAGCACUUAAAGCUCCAUCUGUAAAGCUCCCAUUCUCUUUCUGUGUCACAAGUGCUGCAGGGCUGGAUGAUCCAGCUUUAUCUUCCUGGUGUGCAAACGUGCUUGGUCUGGAAUUUGUUUUUGUAUUUUUUUAGCUUUAGCUGAAGGCAUUUCUGAAAUGCGGGGUGGGGGAGAAAAAGAGAAUGGAAAUGAUAGAACCAAAUCACAGAUUGCCUGCCUGAUUUGGCUGUGGUCUUCUGGUAAUCAGACAUUCCUGAUGUGUUUUUCUGGAUUCAGAAAGAGCUGAUUGUCCUCAGAGGGUUGAAGCAGUGGUUUCAGAAACCUGAAAUCCAGGGCCUUAGAGUUCUCCUAAUUAUCUGUCUUUUCUCUUUUUCUCCUUUCUCUCCCCCAAGGGAGGUGGGCAAACACUUUUUAAACCAGAGUUUGCUUUAAAGAGUUUUCUCAUCCUCUGCAUUUCCCCUUGAUAUUGAAAUUAUUUUCUCUUGUUUAAUCCAGCUCCUGCUGAGAAGCCCUGUGAGCUGUAGGAAGUGGGGCUGUUUCCCUGUGUCUUUCGGAUGGUGGUGCAUUUUUACUCUUAACCGGAGGGUACAUCUCAGUUAUGUUCAUUCUAUUUCACGCAAGUUAACAAUACAGGUGGAAGAGAGGAAGGAUUCUGGGUUUUAGGAUCAUUUUAGAAUUCUGUCCUGGGAGAGGGGUUCAUAUACCCAGCCUCAUAAGAGCUGGGGUGAGGGGUGGAGUGAGCCCUGCAGAAGCCCCCAGUUAGAAGAGAGUAUGGAUGAGCAGCUUUCCUUCUGGUCUCCUUUUCACAUUGUCUGUUUCCUGAGUUUUUCAUGUGUAGAAGAUAAUGUGUUUAUUUCAUCAUCUCAUGUAUCUUCUUCCUGAGGAACCUGGAUGUUCUCCUGGGGUCUUUCCCAUGCAGCUUCCUCACACAGCUGUUUUGCACCUUGCUUUAUCACCACCACCCACGCAAGACCAUCUCCAUGCAGAAGUACGCCUUUUGUUCUUUGGACUUUUGGAAGUAGCUUUGUGAUGUUUGAAUUUUCUGUUAGCAUAUUGCUCAAGCAUUAUAGAAUGUAUGUACGGAGUCCCUUCAACCAUCUCCCCUGCCCCAGAAUAUCCUAAUAAACAUUGUUUUCUUUUUUGUUUUUUUUUU